GACAUUAGCGCAGUUGCACUGCUCUCACACACUCACCUACCAACACAGAUCAGUCAGACUUACACACAUCUCACUCCAGCUCAGUCUAAAGCUGGGAUCCUUCUGACAAUUCGCACGUUAGCGGGCUCGUCUGAGCUCAGGCGUCCAGUAGGACCUCCUCUGGUGUCUCUCCCUGUGUCCCCUCUGGGGUUCAGUCUGUGCCUCCGCUGGAGCUGGACCAAAACGCACAUCUCUGAUACUCAUCGUAUGGACAAAGGCUUGAGUGAUGAGAGUUAGGUGGAGAUAGAGAAAGGCAGACAGAGAGAUAGAGAGACGGUGGCUUGGGGGGGGUUGAAAAGCCUUUGCUGGUUGCUGAAGCAAGGCAAGGAACCGUUGUCAACGGCGACGCAGCAGCAGCAUGUCUCAAAUGAAACGAUACACUUACAGCAGGGGUUUUUCUCUCUCGUCCCAGACCACCAGCAGCGGCAGCAGCAGGAUGAGUUCAGAUGGAGGAGGGCGGCCUGUUAAGGUGGGCUCUCUGGUUGAGGUCAUCGGGAAAGGUCAUCGCGGCACCGUGGCGUAUAUUGGAAACACCCUCUUUGCUUCUGGGAAAUGGGUGGGAGUCAUUCUAGAUGAACCUAAAGGCAAGAAUGAUGGGACUGUUCAGGGUAAACGAUAUUUCACCUGCCAGGAGAACCAUGGGAUAUUUGUACGCCAAUCACAGAUCCAGUUAGUGGAGGAUGGGGCCGACACGACAUCUCCUGACACACCUGACGCUGCCACCUCCAAAAUGCUGAAGCGGGAGAUAAUUGAAGGUCCAAAGUCAAACAAAGUGCGAGGAACCAAACCCAAAAAGGCACCUACGACUCGUAAGACCACCACCAGAAGGCCCAAGCAAACGCGGGCUGGAGUGGGGGUGAAGGUGGGCUCAGGUUCAGCUUCUGCUGGAGAGAUGAGCAGCAGUGAACCCAGCACACCUGCCCAAACACCGCUGGCUGCUCCAGUUAUACCUUCACCUGUGGGGACACUGCCCUCACCCGGGGCUCCUCCCAUCCCGGGACCCAGCAAGGAAGAGGAGUCGCUGCGAGCCCAGGUGAAGGACCUGGAGGAGAAACUGGAGACGCUGAAGAUGAAGAGGACCGAAGACAAGGCAAAGCUCAAGGAGCUUGAGAAGCACAAGAUUCAGCUAGAACAGCUGCAGGAGUGGAAGAGUAAGAUGCAGGAACAACAAAAUGACCUGCAGAAACACCUCAAGGAGGCCAAGAAGGAAGCUAAGGAAGCUCUUGAGGCUAAAGAGCGCUACAUGGAAGAGAUGGCGGAUACAGCGGAUGCCAUUGAGAUGGCCACACUGGAUAAGGAGAUGGCUGAAGAGCGGGCUGAGUCCCUGCAACUGGAGGCUGAUGCUCUGAAAGAGAGAGUGGACGAGCUGACCAUGGACCUGGAGAUACUCAAACAUGAGAUAGAGGAAAAAGGAUCAGAUGGAGCAGCGUCGAGUUACCAUGUGAAGCAGUUAGAGGAGCAGAAUGCUCGACUCAAGGAGGCUUUGGUGAGGAUGCGUGACUUGUCUGCAUCAGAGAAACAAGAGCACGGAAAGCAACAGAAGCUAAUGGAAAAGAAGAAUUUUGAGCUGGAUGCGCUGAGAUGCCAGAAAGAGAAACUACAGGAGGAGAUGAAGAUGGCUGAGAAAACGAUUGAUGAGCUCAAAGAGCAAGUGGAUGCUGCUCUCGGGGCGGAGGAGAUGGUGGAGAUGUUGACGGAUCGUAAUCUGGACCUGGAGGAGAAAGUACGGGAGCUCAGAGAAACUGUCACAGAUCUGGAAGCCAUCAAUGAGAUGAAUGAUGAGCUGCAGGAGAACGCCAGAGAGACGGAGCUGGAGCUGAGAGAGCAGUUGGAUCUGAGUGCCGCCAGCAUCAGGGAGGCGGAGAAGAGGGUGGAGGCGGCACAAGAAACGGUGGCAGACUACCAGCAGACCAUCCAGAAAUACAGAGAGCUCACCGCACACCUGCAGGAGGUGAACAGGGAGCUGAUGAGCCAACAGGAGGCCAGCACCGAGCAGCAGCAACAGCCUGCAGAGAUCUUCGAUUUCAAGAUCAAAUUCGCAGAAACCAAAGCUUACGCCAAGGCCAUAGAAAUGGAGCUGCGUAAAAUGGAGGUAACUCAGGCUAACAGACAGGUGUCACUGCUGAUUUCCUUCAUGCCUGACUCCUUCCUGAAGCACGGAGGAGACCAUGACUGUAUCCUGGCUCUACUUCUCAUCCCACGACUCAUCUGCAAGGCGGAGCUGAUCAGUAAGCAGGCUCAGGAGAAGUUUGAGCUGACGGAGACGUGCUCUCAGAAGGCAGGGAUGAGAGGAGCCGCCGGAGAGCAGCUGAGCUUUGCUGCUGGACUCAUCUAUUCUCUCACACUGCUACAGGCAACACUGCACAAAUACGAACAUGCUCUGAGUCAGUGCAGCGUGGAUGUGUACAAGCGUGUGGGCUCUCUGUACUCUGAGAUGAGCGUUCAUGAGCGAUCCCUGGAUUUCCUCAUUGACCUCCUUUACAAAGACCUGCUGGAUGAAACCGUCAACGUGGAACCUCUUACAAAAGCUAUUAAAUACUAUCAGCACCUUUACAGUAUUCAUCUCGCUGAACAGCCUGAGGACUGUACCAUGCAGUUAGCAGACCACAUUAAAUUUACCCAGAGUGCUCUGGACUGUAUGGCAGUAGAGGUGGGCCGUCUGAGGGCCUUUAUACAGACAGGGCAGGACGAGGAAGCGUUUUGUGUGCUGCUGAAGGAUCUAGACACUUCCUGUAGUGAUAUACGACAAUUCUGCAAGAAGAUCCGUCGUCGCAUGCCAGGCACAGACGCACCCGGCAUCCCAGCAGCCCUCAGCUUUGGAGCACAGGUGUGUGAGACCCUGGCCGAGAGCAGAAGGCAGCUGGCCUGGGUGAAUGCAGUGCUGCAGGAAGUGGCAGCAGCAGCCGCUCAGCUCAUCGCCCCUCUCAGUGAACACGAGGGACUGCCAGCCAUCAAACUGGAAGACAUGGCCUUUAAAGCAGCUGAACAGAUCUAUGUGUCACAGGGCAUAAACCCUCAGGAGUGUCUGCGGCAGUCGUGCAGUGUGGUCAUUGCAACCAUGAACAAGAUGGCUACUGCUAUGCAGGAGGGAGAAUAUGACUCUGAAAGACCACAGAAUGGAAUAUCUCCUGUGGAAGUCCGAGCAGCAGCCCUGAGGGCAGAAAUCACUGAUGCUGAAGGACUCGGCCUCAAACUUGAAGACAGAGAGACUGUCAUCAAAGAGCUUAAGAAAUCCCUUAAGAUAAAGGGAGAGGAACUGAGUGAGGCCAACGUGCGUCUCAGUUUAUUGGAGAAAAAGCUGGACAGUGCGUCUAAAGAUGCAGAUGAGCGGGUGGAGAAGAUCCAGACAGUCCUAGAUGAGACCGUUUCGCUCCUGAAGAAGAAGGAAAAGGACUUUGAGGAGACCAUGGAUGCUCUCCAGGCUGACAUAGACCAACUAGAGGCAGAGAAAGCAGAGCUCAAGCAGAGAAUCAACAGCCAAUCAAAGAUGAGCAUGGAGGGCCUGAGAGGAAGUCAAGGCUCUGGUAUCGCUUCUAUUGUGACCUGUGGCAUUAGUGCUGAAGAACAAAAAGGUGUAUGUGCCGCUUCAGGAGUGCAAGUGAUAGAUUCUCCACUGCUCACUCAGCAGAUCGAAGCUCAGCGACUCAGUAUAAAGCACCUGAAGAACGAGAACAACAGACUAAAGGCAGAAAAGAUGCGUGCUCAGCUGGCGUCUCUUCCUCCUCUGAACGUGCCAAAGCUGGGCUGGCGGGAGGGCUGCAGGCCUGAGGUGUUGUCUAGCGCCCUCUACCGCAAAACAGACCAACUACUGGACACUCUGCUCCAGAUGAGUGCCAAUGUGAAGGUGGUGGACAUCACAGGGAAAUCUCCAGUGAGUCCCGGGGCACAGAUCAUAGAGCAAACAGCAAGACUGCAGUCGCUCAGUGACACACUCGAUAGGCUUAAGGACGAGGUCGCUGAACACGUAGUGAGUCACAGGCCCGGUGCUCAAGUCUCGUCCGAUUUUGCCACUUUUCCCUGCACUUCCUUUGUGAAGGCAAAAGAGGAGAAGAAAGGAGAUGCUGUGUUGGUCGGUCGUGUGAUGAUGCCUUGCGCCCGAGGGCAGGAACAGGUGCAUCGUCUGGUGCUUUCAAAGACACAGUUACAGAGAGUUCAUGGCCUUCUCCAGACUUAAAAUAACCUCAAAAAAUAAUAACCUCGCUUACAUUCGGUCUUCAAAACAGAAAUCGAAACAACAGAUGUCAUGGACAAUGUGUCUAGGGCCACAAACCAAUAACAAAAAAACGCUAUAAAUCAUGCCAAGCGUCUGGAAAGCUUUGAUUAUAUCACACCAAAUCUGUAAAAUGAUACGUAAAGGCUGCAGAUUUUAAACAUGAGACAUGCUGAGGACGUUUUGACAAUUAGACUUUAUUAACGUAGCAUGAAAUGGAUGAUUCAGCAUGAUCCCUGCUGCUUUAUAUCUGUAUCCAUUUAAUCCCUUUCUUCCUCUAACUGAUUUGGAUUCCUAUUGAUCCAUGUUUACAAGUAUUUAGCUAAAAGGUUUACAGUUCAAACUGUUUAAUUAGUACUUCCUAAGUGAUUUGACUUGAAGCGAUAGUUGACCCAAAAAUGAAAGUUCUUUCAUUUAAUCACUCAUCCUCAUGAUGUUCCAAACCCGUAAGACCCCCAUCUGAAUGUGAAUUAUGAUAUUUUUGAAUAAAUCUGAGAGCUUACUGACCUUUCAUAAAGAUGAAUGUAAGAAUGAAAUAUUCCCAGGCGCAGAAAAGUACUAAAGACAUCAUUAAGAUAGUCCAAGUUCAGGCAUGUUUCGUAAUACUUGGGAAUUCUUGGGAAUGGACAGUGGAGACUGACACAUAAGAGAAGAAAUUGUUGAAUAAAGUUAUUUUUGUGUUCUGUGUGCACAAAAUGUAUUCUUAUAGCUUCAUACGAUUACAUUUGAACCAAUUGAUGUCACUAGACUAUUUUACUGUCUUUCUGGGCCUUGAAUGUUUCAUUUGUGUUGCUGUAUAUGCAUGGGCAAAGAGCUCUAGGAUUUCAUCCAAAAUAUCUUAAUCCAAAAAUGAAUGAAGGUCUUAUGGGUAUGGAAGGACGUGAAAUUGGGUAUUUUUUGACAAAAGUAAACAUUUUGUGGGGAAACUAAACCUUAGAAAUGUUCAAGUGACGGGGAAUAAAACAGGAAAAUUGCCAAUAAAACGGAGGUAGAGACACCAGUCAUUUCGAUUUGACAUCCUCCCAAAUACUCUAGCAACCGCAUAGCAACUGCAUCGCAAUAUACUAAGAACAACUGAAAAUCUUAUAGCAUUGCUCUAGCAACUACCUGAAGCACCAUCAAGUCCUGCAUGCACAAGCAUCGCUUACAUUAUCUUCAUAAAACCUAAAAAUCUAGUUUUUAAUCAAAUGUGCAGUCUCAUUUGUGGUUCGUUGAAUUUUCGUGGGCAAAAUCCAGUCAUUUCAACUGGGAAUGUGUUCAGUGGUUUGAAAGUGACUUCUGUGUGAGCUGUGCUUCAUGCAUACACUUCAUGCUACCCUCUUGUAAGCAGACAACUAAACUUAUUUUGCUCACAAAAUUUUGCUGAUGCGAAUACACCUCAGUUAUCAAGUGUUUCAAACCUUUGAUUUGCCAUUUUAUGCAUGCAGUGUUUACAGGAGGCCAAAGGUAAACUAAAACCCAAUUUUGGGUCUCUAUUUAUGUAAACAAGCACAAGUUAAUUGAUUAUGUUUUUUUCGUUAAAACUGAUCAGAUGCUACUUUAUCAGUGAUUCCUGGACACAGCCCUCUUCAUAUACCCGUUACAGUUACUCAAGUAUCAGACAGGAAAGAUAAUAAGUUCUCAUUCACUUUUCACUUAUACAAUAACAGUCAGAUUUUAAAACUCUGUGUUGCUUGACUGUGAUGCUUGAAUGUGCCAUGCCAAUGUGCUUUUGUAAAGAAAAUACAAUGCAAAUCUUAACGAAUGAUCAGAUUUAGUGCCAAUUAAGGGCAGGUUAACAUCAAUUGAAUGCUGCUGUGGGCAAAAAUAGAGAAGGCGUCAUAUAACAAUAUUUAUUAACUGUUGAACAUUUGUUUCAAGAGAUUGUCAGUAUUCAAGUGGUCUUAAGUUAGCAAAGGUUUGCUAUGUUACUAUUGUCUAAGUUAUUAACCUGUUAUUUAACUGUAUAAAGUGCAUACUGUUGCUUACAGUAUUGUUGAAUGUGUAGGCAUCUUAUAUUUAAUGUGAGUCAAUUAAAUAAAUGAUGUCUGAACAUUU